AUGUUUGUUGAUAUUUUGCCAUGGUGGGAAAGAUGCACCUAUUGGAUUCUUGCUGUGUCAGGUGUUGCAUACUCAGUUUACAUCUUGUUUCUGGAAGGAGACAAAUACAAGAAAAGUCUUGUUAAUGCCUCACUUUCACCCGGUUGGAACUGGCUCGGGAGAGAUCAGGAUCUGAGUGACACUGAGUGGUACAUAUGGCGAAGUAUACUGAAGCAAAGUAUUUUGUUGAAUGCUAUCCAUAUAUUGCUGUCACAGGCAUGUUUCUAUUUUAAAGCCAGUGCAAAGUUGCACUCCUGUAUACUCCUGAUAUGUGAUCUUACUGCAGCAUAUAUCUACUUUAAUGAAAGAGUCGUGGUGCUUCUUGUCACUGCAGCAUUAGUGAUGUAUGUUGUGUCUUUGUUGCGGAGAAAGUCCUUGGUAUGGGUGACGGCCGUGGCACUGGUGUCUUCCUUGAAUUAUGACAUCAUUUAUCAAAUGCAGGUGAAGUAUCUCCAGUUCUUAAAUUAUGAGCAAGAGUUCAAAUUUAAUGUAACAUCUGCCUUCGUCUACAUUCGUCUAGUCAGCUUUGCCAUCGAAAAGAUCAAGUACACGAAAUCUCAGACAACUCCAUCAUUUGUACAAGCUCAGAUUAACUCUAAACCCGAGGAAGAGCUUAAUUCAUAUAACACUGUUGCUGAAAAUAAAGUGAAGAGAAUCGCUGAUUCUUGCAAAAAAAGGAAAACUAGUGUCAGCAAUACAGACCCAUCUAGCAUUCGGGAAACAAAUCCAUGCUUGUUGGAUUUCGAUCCAUCACUAAUUGAUUUAUUGUUAUACUCGUUCUACUUGCCAACAUUUCUUGAUGGGCCUAUCUUUAUUUAUAGCGACUUUCACAAGCAGAUAAACAAUUCAUUUAGAUCUAAAACCUUUAUUCCGAAUACUAAAGACAUAAUAAAACAGCUGAUCAGAAUAGCAUUUUGGGCACUGUUUAUUGAAUUUCAACUUCAUUUUCUUUACUACAGUGCUCUUGCUCUACAUCCCCUGAUGAUAUCCAGAUUACCAAUCUGGGCCGUAGCAGCUAUUGGUUACUGUCAGGGUCAGUUUUUUAUGGUGAAAUAUUUAGUAUUGUAUGGGACAGCUGUCCAACUAUCCAGAUUUGAUGGACUGUCUUCCAUUGCAAUGCCACGUUGCAUCAGUUGGGUGUAUUCAUUUACAGAUAUGUGGAAGCACUUUGAUGCAGGGCUGUACAGUUUCAUCAAGAUGUACAUAUACAUCCCUUUGGGAGGUUCCAGGGCAGGUCUGCUGAGACAAAUCUUUGCCUCGGGUGUGGCGUUCUUAUUCAUCUUCUACUGGCAUGGUGCUAGGGAGGAAAUCUUUAUCUGGUGUUUUGGAAACUACCUCAUGUGUAUAGUAGAGGCUGCAGUGGCUGUCGUAAAACAAUCCAUUAUAGGAACCAGACUGAUAUCUAUUCUGAGUCCUGCCAUGUGCCUGAGAUUGAAAGCCAUCACAAUCUGCCCUGUAUACUUUGCUUCCAUCUUGCAAGUCAUGUUCUUUUUCUUUCAAGGGGAAGUUGGCCGGAUCUUCAUGGCCAGAUUACUUACUAAAGCUAAUUGGACGAACCUUUUGGCUGAGCUGGUGUUUUUCACUGCUGGUAUACACAAUGCUCUAUACAUUGCCAGGAGGUAUGAGCACAAGAAUCAAAAAUUAAAUAGGGAUCAAUAUAAGAAAGUAAAAGAACAUGAUAUUUUGAGUAAUGCCUGA